UUUAUUUUGACAUUUCAUCUUCAUCAAUUUCUCUGACAACAACAGUAGACCUUUUACCUCCUCGGAAUUCUUUAAAAUUAAAUUUACAAAAAAAAUGGCAGCACCACCAGAAGAAAACUUCGAACCCGUUGAAACACCAGAGUUUGACGACGAGGAGACUGAAAUUCAACAAACCACCGGACGAAAGCGCCUUUUCAGCAAGGAGCUCCGAUGCAUGAUGUACGGAUUCGGUGACGAUCAGAAUCCCUAUACGGAAAGUGUUGACUUGCUGGAGGAUCUUGUUAUCGAAUUUAUUACGGAAACCACACACCGAGCUAUGGAGAUUGGCCGAACUGGACGCGUACAAGUGGAAGACAUUGUGUUUUUGGUACGAAAGGAUCAACGAAAGUACGCUCGCGUGAAAGAUUUGCUGACAAUGAAUGAAGAACUGAAACGAGCACGCAAAGCUUUCGACGAAAUCAAAUAUGUUGGAAGCGAAGGAAAACAGAAAUAAAAUUUCAGUUUCGAUC